AUGUUUGCAGAUAACUCCAGAAAGAGGAAUGAUAGCAAAAACAGGCAAGGUAAAAUGCAGGAUAGCAGAAACCAGGGAACUAUACAGAAGAGUCCACAGAUGAAACAUAAAAAUGUGAUGAAAUACACAUCUUUAAUUGAUAAACUGAGCACAUUGAAUACUUAAUAAUCCUAGGAAAAUUUCUUCUUGUAGUCUUAGCCUUUAUCUAUUAAUGAUUUAAGAUGUACUAGCUCUGCAUCAGUUUAAAAUCUUAAUACUAUGACUCCAAUCUAGUAACUUUAUGAUCCUUUCAAUAAUGAAAAUAAGGAAAACUACAAUCUAUAAAAUUCAAUAGCAAAUUAAGUUAGGUCAUCAUUUAAUAGCUAAAAUCAAUUCUUGAAUGGACCUAAUUAAAAUCCAUCGCCAAUCAAGCUUCAAAGUUCAUUUUGCUCCCCUUUAAUAGAAUAAAGAUAAACAUGCUCAGCUCUUGGCUUAAAUUCAACUCAGUAACUUAACUAAUAAUCUUAAUUUGGGAUAUAUCCCUUAUAAAUUUAACCAUCAAAUCCGCGAUAGUAGUCUCCUCAUUUGUCUUACAACAGUAAAACAAAUAUAAGAGCUGAUAGAAAAGCCAUAAAGAUAGUUGAAGCUCAUUCUUAGUUUAAUAGCUAUGUUAGCAAAAUUAAUGAACAUAAGAAUUUUGUCUAAUAAUAAUAGUUAAAAGCUGAAGAGGAGAGAUUAAGGCAAUAAUAAAAAUACAUGAUGGUAAACAGCAUGGUCCAGAGUCAAUAACAACUCUUGAAUUAGCAGCAAAUACAAAACUUAUUUAAAAUUGAUGAUCUAGAAAUGGAGGCAUAAAGUCUCACUCCAACAAGAGAGAAACUUUUUGGUGAGAGUGCAAAUGCAACUUCAAGUGUUAACAAAUACUUUGCUUAAAAACAUAAUUAAACUCUGGAUCGCAUCAAUUAUCUGAAAAAUUUGAAGGUACAAGAGGAGACUAGAGAGUGCACUCAUAGACCUAAGAUCAAUAAAAAAUCAGUUGAUAUGGCUCUCAGAGGAAGAAAUGACAAAGCCAUGGAAAAUUUAAAGUCAAAAGUUUACAAUGAAAGAGGACUAACAUUUAGUCCUCAUAUUAAUGAUAAUAGUAAAACAAUGAAGAGAGGAGUUUAGUAACUUUUAGUUUGGAAUGAAAUCAAGAAGCACAAAUAGUCUGAGAAGAAACAAAUAUUUGAUCAUUAGGAGAGUUUAAGAAAGUCUUCAUUUGUCAACAAUCACUCAAGAGAGUUAUUGCGCUAGAAAAAUGAAAGAGAGAUAAGGAAAUUUCAAGAGGAAAGAUUUGAUAGAGGUGAUAUACUUAAGUUUAGUCCAAGCUCUAAGAUGGUUGCCAGUCCGUAAUCCUGUAUGAAUAAGAUCCCUUCAAGUCAAAUGAGUUCUCAGAAGACCAUAUCUCUUCAUUUGAAUACUUUCAUCUCGAAAUAGUAAUCAAAUUACAUCUUAUCUAACCCAUCCACUAAUAAAUUAGAUAAUUCAACCUCUAACUCUUAGCUAGAUACUCUCACUGCCUAUUCAAAAUCUACUAAUAAUACAAUAACAUCACCUAAAAUGAACUAAUUCAAUAAAUUUACUCAUCAAGGCUAAUCUUCAUAUGCUUCAGAUGCAAAUACUUCUGCCAGUAGGGCUAUGUGGGGUGAAACUUCUGAUAAUCAUCUGAGGACACGAUAAAUAGGCCUUUAAAAUAUUAAAAGCUUUAAUACAUUGUAAAGACCACACAACCAAUACCAGAGUCAAAUACUCUUAAACAAACAAGAUGCUAAAGAAUAAAAUCUUACUCAAAUGCAAGAUUAUAAUUCAAAUAGAGAAAAUCAAAAUGUAGUCAGUUUCUUUUAGCCUUCAUAGUAUCAAAGCAAAAAUUAGAAAUAUCUGGAGUAUUAAUCAUCUUAAAAGAAGACAUUCGACACUCAAAAAGAUUAUGACUACAGUAAAAGUCAUUAAAUUGAAGAGGAGCAGUAAAAUAUUCAGUAGUAAUAGUAGCUAUAAUAAUACUAUGAAGAAUAUUAAGAAAAUGAGGAACAACAAGAUUAAUCUUAGAAUGAAGAGUAAUCAAAUGACGUAGAAAAUGAAUAUGGUUCAUAAGACAUUCAAGAAAAAAUGAAUUAAGCUAAAGAGAUUAGAGAAAGCAUGGGUAACUUCAGUGGAAGACCAUCUCAUAUUAUUACUAAUAAUUCGACACUACCAGGAACAAUUAUGGUGAAAGGAUCUUACAUGUAUGAUUAAAAUGAACCAACAUAAUCAGAAUAGAAUAUGAUGAUUAUUCACUAAAAUAACUAGCCUAUCCAAUAGAUUCACACAACUACAGCUUCUUUCAACCAUGCAUCUAAUGCUCAUUCCUCUAAAAAUAAUUCAAUCACUCCAUCAUUGAAUGCAAGUCAAAGUUUAACAGAAGGUGCAAACUCAACUUUCUCAUAAAAUCUAAAUAAUAUUUCUGGAAUAGGAUCACCUCCUCAAUAAACAAUAAUUCCUAUUCAAUCAAGUGGAAUUUAUGGCUCAAGUGAUGGCCUAAAGCUUUCAUUCAACAAUUCCUAAACUAAUCAAUAGUCCUAAAUUUAGACUCCUAUUAUUUAAGGAAUCAGUCAAAAUACAAGUAUCAGUCAUCAAUUGCAUCCAAGCAAUAAUAUUACAUAAGUAUUAGCUGGUGGAGGAUCUGUGAAUGGCUCCCUCAAUAACCAUCUAAAUAUGUUUAUUCAAGGUCAAGGGUCAAAUCCAUAACAGUAGUUUUAACAUCAAAAUCUGUCUCAACCUAUUAUAAUGAAUUAAAUUCCUUAGAUACCUAAUCAGCUCAUGCCUGUUGCUGCAGCUCAUUUCUUCUCACUAAUGAUGCAAUAAACUAUGUAGCAGUAGUAAAACCAACAGCAAUAACAGCAGCAAAUAAACAGAAAUCAAUCAGAUUCGUUAAUCAACCAGCAUUAAAUAUCAUAAGGCAGUAUUUCAUCUCCAUAAAACUUCCCUCAGCAUAUGCUAAAUAUCUUAGUGAACAACUAGCAAUCCAUAGAUUCAUAGCAGAUGAUGAAUAGCAAAAAUGGUAUUGGAAGACUCCAGACACCUCAAUUCAACUCAGCUUAAAGUUCGAACUUCAAGAGUGACUUGCAAACAUUAGUUCACUCAUAAGAGAAGGAGAAUAGUAAUUUAGGGUUUGAGAAGUUGCAUGAGUUAAGUAUUGAGGAAUCAGUCAGACAAUACUACCCGUAAUCUUCCAAGCUAUCAAUCAAUAUGGAUAAUAAUCUCUCUGGAAUAAAAGAUAGAUCUAUGACUAGCGGCAUGAAAAAUGAAACUUCAUCUUUACUCGAGGAUAGGCUCCUAAUUAAGAAUAAUUGA